ACCGCGCGUCGUAUAGAAAAUAUCAAAAUCCUUAAACAGCCUAUACCUCUCCAUUUCGUAAAAUCACCGAUUUACGAUUUUGCCUUGAUAAUUCUCUGCAAAAAUUCAGGUUUUUUAUCUUUGCUUGCUGUAAUUGGGAGUUGUUUCAGUGGUUUGAACGAUUUCUGCGGCCGAUCAAUGAAAGGAGAAGUGCAGCUAGAGCCAGCAGGUGAAACGGAACGAGACCCUACUGACGUGGACCCUCUGCUAGAGAACCAGGAAGAUUCGUCACCUGGAAGCUCGACUGAGAUUUACAAUGAAGACCUCGAGUCUGGCUCUAUUCCCUGUUGUCGCAUUUGUCUUGAAACCGAUGCUGAACCAGGGGAUGAAUUGAUUUCACCUUGCAUGUGUAAAGGCACCCAGCAGUUUGUUCAUAGCUCCUGUCUUGACCACUGGCGCUCUGUUAAGGAGGGAUUUGCUUUCUCACACUGCACAACUUGCAAAGCCCAAUUUCACCUUCGAGUUGAAUCAUAUGAGGACAAUUCUUGGCGUAAAAUAAAAUUCAGAGUUUUCGUUGCAAGGGAUGUUUUCCUUGUAUUUUUAGCUGUACAAUCAGUCAUUGCUGCAAUUGGUGGCUUUGCGUAUGUCAUGGACAAAGAUGGUGCCUUCAGGAAUUCAUUUAGUGAUGGUUGGGAUCGUAUCUUGUCAAAACAUCCUAUACCAUUUUAUUAUUGUAUAGGGGUACUGGCCUUUUUUGUGCUGCUUGGAUUUUUUGGGCUUAUACUACACUGUUCAUCCCUCAAUAGCAAUGACCCAAGAAUGGCUGGCUGCCAGAAUUGUUGUUAUGGUUGGGGAAUCUUGGAUUGUUUCCCUGCGUCUAUGGAGGCUUGCUUUGCCUUAGUUAUCGUUUUUGUUGUCAUAUUUGCCAUACUUGGCAUAGCUUAUGGUUUCCUUGCUGCUACCAUGGCUAUUCAGAGGAUCUGGCAGAGACAUUAUCACAUCCUGACCAAGAGGGAACUCACAAAGGAGUACAUAGUGGAGGAUCUUCAUGGAUGUUAUACCCCACCAAAAUUGGAUCCAGAACAUGAAGCACGUCUGAAAAUGCUCAAGUUGUUGUAGUGAUGGAUGAGGAGGUAAAAUAAAUUUAUCAGGUAAUGAAAUCGGCGAUGUGUAUUUGCUUGACGUUAAAGGAGCAGAGAAGGAAAAGAUUUUAGUCUCAUUCUUCCUUGAAUUCACCAAAAUGUGACCACCUGUGCAGUUGUUUUAUACUCUCAAGUCUCUUAUGAUUUUGCUCUGCUCUGAUAUUGUACCAGUUUGGAUAUUCUUGGACUUGUCUCCUCCCGAGUCCUAUGAAGCCUGCGUGUAUUUGUCUUCCAUGAAGUGGAUUUUAGGCUGGUGUUGUAUGCUUUACCUCAAUGCUGCCAUCUGUUCUCCACCCUCGGCCACUCUUUGGGGUUGGUAGGAUUAUAGGAUAAUUAAUACAUAACCCAAAUUACUAUUA